AUGGCGGUUCUUUUUUCUCUUCUUCGAGCGACGCGUGGGCGCGCCUGCUUCUCGUUGAAGGCAGCCGGUCGCCAGCAUCGCUCCUUCUCCCCGCAGCUCCCGGAGCUAUAUGUCACGCUCCCUCGACGCCGCUUUCGCCGCAGGUCGCGCGAGCUCCUGGCUCCGGAGGCCGAGGGCGAUGCGCCGUCCGCACUCCUCGUCCCCGUGCGCCUCCUCCCCUCCUCCCAGGCCAGGGCAUGCCCGCAGGGGCCUUGCCUUCGGCGCGGCCCGCCCUCGCCGCCAGGCGGGCAGAAGAGGCGGUGGAGGCAAAACAUUGGCGUCAACAGGCAGGAGACCAUGAUGCGCUACUCCUCCUGUUCAACUGUUCGUGGCCCCGUUUCUCCGCCGCACCCGAUGCCCCACCCCAUGCGUCCUCUAUAUUCCUCUGCCGGCGGGUCGCACACCCUGGCGAAACACCUCCUUGCCGCGUGCCGCACUUUGGCGAAAGACGUUCUCUGCGUGAGCCCCUGA